AUGGCCGACCAUCCCGGUCCUUCCGGUGUAAAUAAACAAGAAAAUACCGCAAAAAACACCGAAAAUCAACGAGCCGUUGAUUUUUUUAGUGAAAAAUUCGAUCCUUUGGCUGUGCUUUAUAGUGACAAAGUGAAUUUACCUCAUUCCAAAGCGAAACCUUACGAUAACUUGGCAAUGUGGAAUUCAAAAUAUCAAGCUAGAGAAAAUGUUCCUAAAAAAACUAAAAAGACCGAUCAAGGACCAGCACCGCAAAGGAAUUGGCUACCUCAUCAAUUGCCGGUCGCCUCGAAAAAAAGACAGCGCAUAGAAAAAAACGUUUUCACAAGGAUGGACGCCGUGCAAGGUCCUCUCGCUCUAUUGCGGAAGUACGUGAAGGAAAAAACACGAAUCAAGAUUGUUACACGCAACGACAAGGGUGUGCGAGGUUAUUGCACGGCAUUUUUGUUGGCUUUCGACAAACAUUUCAAUCUGGCUUUGGAUGAGGUCGAAGAAUUUUGGAAAAGGUCGAUCAAAACGAAAUUCACAGUGCCAACCAAUGCCAGUGGUACUGGUGACGUAAGUAUGAAGAAAUCUGGCAACCAUGUACAAGUUCCUCCAGUAAAAACGAAGCAAAUUAGCAAAAACACUGAAGAAUGUCAAAGGUACGUGCAGCGAAUGGUAAUGAGAGGUGAACACGUAGUGUUGAUAUGUGCAUUGUUGGAAAACACUUGAUACAAUUGUUAUAUUUCUUUUAUUUUGUUUCAUUAACUCUUGAUUUUGUUAUUUGUACAUAAGCUCAAUUUAAAUCUUAUUAUUUUUUAAGGACUAUAUCUAGUAUUAUUUAUUUUUGGAAAUAACAACGGCUAAAAUAAGCAGAGCAACUAAAAAAAUCAUAUAAAUCAAACAUUAAGGAUUGUAACUUUUACAAAAAUUAGUGCCGAACUUUGUGUUUGUUUUUUUUAAU